UGCGGACAGGCAACCAUACCAGAGGCCUGUUGGAGCUUGGCGGCGGAAGCAAUGUGAUUCUUGCCUCGAAUGGCAUCAGGCCGACUAUGGAGUCCCCAAGAUGCGCGGAAAGCCUUCCGUAGCCACCUCGGCUCGAGGCUUUUCUGGCGCAGGAGCGUUCCGUCCAGCCCGGAAAAGCCGGCCGACCGAGCCAGCCUUGAAGAACGCCACUCGAAGCCCUGCCCCCAUGGCCGAAACGACGCGGCCGGACCUGGAGGGCGACGCACUCCUGCUCGCCGAGGAGGCGCCGAGGACGAGCCCCUUCUCGGCAGGCCGCCCAAGGUGACCCACAUGCAGGGGAAGGGGGAGGAAGGCUGCAGCAGCAAGGAUACGCACCAGGCCUGCAGCGCGCACCAUAAUCUCGAGGGAGACAUGGUGCUGGACCCCUUCCAGCAGAGCGCGAUGGAAGUCCUGAAGGCCGACAGGAAGGUCGUGAGGGUCGCAAAGAGACUCCUCGGGCGCGCGAAGCAAGCAGCGCGUCGCUUGAUUGAUGAUACGCCAGUGUACGAUCCGCACGACGGCGCCAUUGAGCUCUGGCCGGGCGGGGUCGUGAAGUACUCGUUCGGUGACAUGAAUGACGAGUGCAGUGAGGUGAUGCUGAAGGCCAUGAAGGAGUGGGAAGCGAAGACGUGCAUCCGAUUUGAAGAGUCCGCGCCAGGCAAGGGAGUCGUAAGCUACAUGUCCAGCGAAAAUGGAUGUUUUGCCAGUUUAGGCUACAGCACCCACUGGACUCGCGAACUGAACAUGGGCACUGGCUGCUGCAGUGUCGGAACUGCCAUCCAUGAGCUUGGGCACACGAUCGGCCUGCGCCACGAACACAACCGCCCAGAGGCUGCAGAGUACAUUUACUUUAACUACGACAACAUGGAUGAAUGGUGGAAGCAGUGGAUGGAGUUUGCAGACGAUUGGGGUGACGUGUCAGCCGGUGUUCCUUAUGACAUGGCGUCCAUCAUGCACUACGGUCCCGACGCUGGUUGCAAAUCCUGGGGCCUCGAAACCAUCGGAGUCAAGGCGAAGGAUGUGUUCGGAAAUUGCAAGGUUGGGCAGCGCGAGUAUUUAUCGGAAGGCGACAUACUCACCGUGAACCGUUGGUAUGGUUGUCCGGACCACUUCUGUGCCGACCUCCACAUCGGAUGCGAACACUGGAAGGCAGAAGGUUAUUGCAAUCGAUUGUACACGGAAUGGAUGCACGCAAACUGCCCUCAUUCUUGCGAAGUGUGCCAGUGCGAAGAUAACUCUGAUUAUGCAGUUGACUGUCCAGGCUGGGCCGAUGACGGCUACUGCUGGAAGGGCCAUACUGGCGGGGCGCACGACAAAGAGUUCAUGUUCCAGAAUUGUCGCAAGAGUUGCGGCAAUUGCAUGAUUGAGGACGCACGGACGUGCAAGGACAAGCCUCUGUGGGGCAACGAGACCGGCUGCAAGAACAAGGUUAACGGUGUACACGGGGCAGACACAACCCUCGGUUGGAAGGGGUGCGAGGAUAGUUGGUUUGCCAGCAUUUGUUCCGAAACGUGCGGCGCAUGUCCUCACGACCCUUUCUGCACUUGAGCCGGGCGCGCUCUGCUUCUCUCCGCGGCCAGGCGGACGGGCGUGAAAUCAACCUGGCUGAGAAGCCGGCCCCCGAGCAUCGCGUGAUUCUGCCACGGUGGCCUUUGAGCAACCCUCUCCGAGAGAUCCGAGGUUCCGAGGCGUGGUGCGCUGGGAGCCUCCCUCUCGGAGGCUGCAGAGUGGAGCUGUGCACCCCGGGUGUCCAUCCAAGUGGGGGUUCCCGUGGAUACUCCAGAGGUUGCGACUCGUAGUUCUUUCGUUUUCUCAGUGCACAAUUGCACUCACAUCCGUGUACAUCUGUACUCUCACACACAUCCGUACACAGUUGAGGAUGGGCAGGCGUUUGACAAACUUGCCCAGAAGGCGCAGGAGUUUCACUGUGCAGUCUCCCUGCAUCUCCCCGAGCUGACCGACGGCGCCGUGGACAGUCAGCAAGCUGACAAGCCUCUGUCGUGUGCAGCGGGCUCUGGGGGAUGCAGAGUGGCUUUCGAUGUGCGGAUUCGCGGCUUGGUUUUCGUCUGGGAUGUGAUCCUGGACCGGCAUUUCCAGAGCAACAGGAACGAUCAAGCAGAA